CAAGGAGCGGUCGUGCCGACGAUUAGCCAGCUCGUGAGGAAGGGACGUUUCCGAAUCGAGACCAAGACCAAGAGCCCGGCCUUGCAGCGGUCUCCCCAGCGUCGGGGCGUGUGCGUCCGCGUGUUCACGCAGACCCCGAAGAAGCCGAACUCCGCGUUGCGGAAGGUUGCCCGCGUCCGGCUGACGAAUCAGAUCGAAGUGACCACCUACAUUCCGGGCGAGGGCCACAACCUCCAGGAGCACUCCCUGGUGCUCAUCCGUGAGGGCGUGUCAAGGAUCUGCCCGGGGUGCGCUACCACGUGGUCCGCGGGACGCUGGACACCACCGGCGUGCAGGGCCGAAAGCAGAGCCGGUCGAAGUACGGGGCAAAGCGGCCGAAGGCGUAGGAUCGGGUCCCGAGUUCCCGGUUGUCGAGAAGGAAAUAGUCAAUGCCACGCAGACGCGAAGUGCCGAAGCGCGAGGUGCCGCCGGACCCGCUCUACAACAGCACCCUGGUGA